AUGGGAGACGACGCGGCGUUCGACAAAAAAAAGUCGCAUCAUGCCAAACGUGCUGGGCGGAAGGCGGAAAAGAAGAAAAACAAAACAAAGUUAGACCAAUCUAACCUAAGUGCUCGUCAGAGAAAUCCUAAAGCAUUUGCCAUCCAGAAUGCAGUAAGAGCAGAGAAACAGUUCAGACGCCGAGAAGAUGUUAUUGCAAAGAAGCAGCACAUCCCCCAAGUGGACAAAACGCCUCUGGAACCGCCGCCGAUCGUCGUGGCUGUGGUGGGUCCCCCUCGCGUCGGCAAGACCACUGUCAUCAACAAUCUCAUCAAAAGCUUCAUAAAGACCAACGUGACGAAUACUAACGGGCCUAUCACCAUUGUCACGUCUAAAAAACGACGCAUUACUCUGAUAGAAUGUAAUAACGAUGUGAAUUCCAUGAUAGAUAUCGCGAAAUGCGCUGACCUGGUACUUCUGCUGUGUGACGCGAGCUUCGGCUUCGAGAUGGAGAUAUUUGAGUUCCUUAACAUAUGUCAGGUGCAUGGCAUGCCCAAGAUCAUGGGUGUGUUGACUCAUUUGGACAUGAUUAAGAAUGCUAAGACAUUGAAAACUACAAAAAAAACUUUAAAACACCGUUUCUGGACAGAGGUGUACUCUGGUGCUAAGUUAUUUUACCUAUCCGGUAUAGUCCACGGAGAAUACCUGAGGAAUGAGAUAAAAAACCUGGCUAGAUUCAUAUCUGUGAUGAAGUUUAGGCCCUUGAGUUGGCGGAUGACUCAUUCAUAUGUGUUGGCUGAUAGGUUGGAGGAUAUUACGAGCCAGGAGUUGAUCCGGAAGGAUGCUAAAGUGAGCCGUGAUGUGGUGCUUUAUGGAUAUGUCAGAGGAGUUCCUCUAAUGAAGGAGUCUGCUGUGCACAUUGCUGGUGUUGGUGACAUGAAAAUCAGUGAAUUAUCGUAUCUUCCUGAUCCUUGUCCAUUACCAAGUAGUGGGAAGAAAAGGCAUCUUAUGGAGAGAGAAAGACAAAUCUAUGCACCCUUCUCAGGAGUUGGUGGUAUUGUUUAUGAUAAAGAUGCAGUAUACAUUGAACUUAAAGGGUCUCAUUCCCAUAAAAAAGAGGAUGAAGAGACAAAUGAAAAGAAAGUUCUGCUCAAAAAUGUUGUGGAAACUAAAGAGACCGUAGAUGAACAGAUGCAAGAGUCAGGGUUUAAACUGUUCUCUGGUGGUGCGGUUAUAUACCCAGACAUGGUUAAAGAUGAUGAAUAUCUUCAACACAGUUCAAAGACUAAUAAUGUGUCAGAGUCUGAAUCAGAUUCUGAUGAUGCUAAUGAUUCUGAUAAUGACAGCGGUAUUGAUCAGAGUGAAAAAGAUAAUAAAUCAAGUAAAUUGCCCUGGGAUAACAAUUCGGGUUCGGAAGCAGAAGAUGACGAGGGAGGCGAAGAUAACGAGGGUGAAAAUUUCGAAAACGAUGACGACUCGGAUAAUGAAAAUGCUGAUUCAGAAGAAGAGUCUGAUGAAGAUGAAGAUUUUAGUAAGAAAUGGAGAGAAAAAUUAAGCGAAAAAGCUACUGAGGCUUAUUUAGAUCGUCAAAAAACAUCAAAGAACAUAAUGAAACUCGUAUAUGGCGAAUUUGAAAUUGGCAACAAAACUAAAGAACAAAAAGCGCAGUCCAGUGACGAAAGUGAUGAAGAAGAAAUUGGUGGUCUGUUUAAAAAAGUCACUGAUACACAGAAAAAGAAACAUAAGGAGAAGGAAAGGCUUGAUCUUGAUGAGUGUUCAUUCUUCUACUCGUUGAGCAAACCAAACCUAAGGGACUGGACAGCAGAGUCUAAUAAACAAUUACUAAUCAAUAGUUUCGUUACUGGGAAACGUUCUGCCGAUGAAGAUGCAUCAGAAUUGCUUAAAUUGGAUGACGCUAGCGACGGUGACGACGAAGAAUUGUAUGGAGACUUUGAAGAUUUAGAGACUGGAGAAAAACAUUUUGCUGAGAAAGAAAAAGAAGAAAAUCCAUCUACGGAAGAGACUGGCGGUAAACGCAAAGCUGAUCCGACUAAAUCUGAAAUCUUAGCAAAAAAACUUAAAUUGAAAGCUAAGUUUGAUUCCGAAUACGACAAUCCAGAUGAUCAUAGAAUAAAAGGGGAUCAUUCAUAUUACGAAAACUUAAAAGCGGAAGCUUUGAAACAAUCGGAACUCAAUAAAUCAGUAUUUGAAAAUCUAGAUAACGGGCUAAGAGUCGAAGUGGAAGGUUUCAGACCUGGUCUAUAUGUCAGAAUGAUGUUCAAAAACAUGCCUGCAGAGUUCGUCACCAAUUUCGAUUCCAGUUAUCCUAUCCUUAUUGGAUCACUCAAUAUGGCGGAACAGAAUAUCGGUUUUGUGUCUUGUAAAGUAAAAAAGCACAGAUGGUAUAAAAAGAUUCUGAAAACGAAUGACCCGAUUAUCAUUUCGCUGGGUUGGCGACGAUUCCAAACUUUACCAAUUUAUUCUAAAAUUGAGGAUGAUUUGAAAUGCAGGUAUUUAAAAUAUACGCCUGAGCAUGUCACGUGUAACAUGCAUUUCUACGGGCCUGUUACGCCUCAAAACACUGGUUUCUUAGCUUUGCAAACAGUAAAUAACAAUCCAAAUGAAAUUAAGGAACUAGGCUUUAGAAUAGCCGCCACCGGUAGCGUAAACGAAAUUAACAAAUCUACGCAAAUAGUUAAGAAAUUAAAAUUAAUAGGUACGCCAUUGAAAAUAUACAAAAAGACAGCGUUUAUAAAAGACAUGUUCACAAGUACACUCGAAGUUGCAAAGUUCGAAGGUGCGAGAAUAAAAACCGUAUCAGGAAUCAGAGGACAGAUAAAGAAAGCAUUGAAUAAACCGGAAGGUGCAUUUCGGGCAACAUUCGAAGACAAGAUCCUAAUGAGCGAUAUUAUCUUCUGCCGGACGUGGUUUAAAGUGGACGUGACUAAAUUUUAUGCGCCAGUAGUCAAUCUGUUGUUGCCUCUUGGAAGUAAAAACGCUUGGCAAGGCAUGAAGACCAAGGGUCAGUUGAAGAGAGAGCGCAACAUCCGCAGCGAUGCGAACACCGACUCCAUGUACACGGAAAUUCAACGGGAACCAAAGGUUUUCAAACCAUUGGUGAUACCGAAAGCGUUGCAGAAAGGCUUGCCUUAUAAAUUUAAACCCAAGCAGAAGGUUACGACAUUGUCUGGCACAAAUCCUAAAGACAAAUUCAGAGGGAGAAUAGCAGUUAUCAAAAACCCGCACGAACAAAAGGUGGCCAACGUUAUGAAGAUGCUGAAAACGAAUUACGAGAAGAAACAGGAGGCGCAAAAACAAGCGACCGCGGAGAGGCUGAAGGCGCACCGGAAACAGAAGGACGCGGAGGAGUGGCGCAAACUGAAGCGGCAGAAGGAGUUGAAGAAGAAGAUUUGCAGACAGAUAAGCAAAAUGGGAAAUAAAAGGAAGCCACAAAUGUGAUGAUGACUUUUAUUUAACAAAACUGCUAGUUCAGUAUAUAAGUUUUAAUCUAUUGUUAUUAAAGACAAUAUUUAUAAUAGAUAUCAUGUGUCAAUAGUAUGUAGAUUCUGAGGGGUACCAAAGUUCCCGAAAUUAAUACGGCGUUGUCUUUGUGCUUGAGAUAGGUUGGUAUUAUGUCCCUUGUCUACAUGGUAUAAAAUAAAACAAAACAUUUAUAUCGUGUAAAUUGUA